CGACAUGUCCACUACUGUUGACGCCUUGAAGCGCGACCAAGACGACAUACGCCAACUGUUCACCACGGUUGACGCCUUGAAGCGCGACCAAGACGACAUGUCCACCACUGUUGACGCUUUUAAGUACGACCGAGACGAAAUGACCAACACUGUUGACGCCUUGAAGCGUGACCUGGACAGCGAGCGCAGCCGAACCGCCGCCUUGGAGCAGCGUCUUGACGCGAUGAUUAAUACAAAGUCACCAGCAUCUUGUCCUAAACGUUACGCAGUGUUCCGUGGGAUCUGCUACGAUGCCUUCGACACACCAAAGAACUUUAGCGAUGCGGCCGCGGCCUGUGGUGAAGACGGCGGCACCCUCGCCAUGCCCGAGACGCUGGGACCAACGCCUUCCUGGUCUCCUACCGAUACCAAUACCGUGAGCGACGGGGAGUCCUCCUGGAUCGGCCUGCACGAUCGGCGCGAAGAGGGAAGCUUUGAGUGGGUGGAUGGUUCUGCACUUGGGACCUACAACAACUGGGGUCCGGGAGAACCAAACAAUUCGGGAGGCAAAGAAGAUUGUAUUUCUUACUGCGUACCCUGGACAGGUACAUGGAACGACGCACCAUGCGACUCGCUGUUGCACUACAUAUGCCAGGUUGUUCCAGGACGUCCGUAGGCGACAGGCGAAAACUCUGGCCACCACUGUCCAGCUGCUCUCCGACCACCCGCAGGAAAACUGACCGGCAGAACGUGAAACCUGGAAUUUUAGCAACAGAGAAAACCAGCAAAUUGUCAAACCUGGGAUAAUAAUAACAGAGGAAAUCAGCACGUGGUUCUCUGAACCUGUUUCAAAUUCGAGUAGAAAACUAAAAGAAGAAAAUAUGAAUUGGCACCAAAGCAAUGGAUCACCUAUUGUAUAAUCGUGGACGGGCCUUAGUUUUCAUAUUUAUAUAUAUAUAUAUGUGGUUUACAUAAUGUUUUCGCAUUAGCCGGGAGUUCAUUUACAUGAAGAACGCUCUAGAAAGAAAAAAGCUUCUUGUUUGACCGCAGCAAGUGUGCUGCCUGUUUCUUGUGCGUUUCGUACAAAAUGCUGAACAGGCAGGACAAACAAAAUGUAAGCACAACUUCACUAAUAGUACUAAUACGUAGCCUCACUGUUUUCACAAUAUACUGAAUUCCUUUUCUUGUAGUAAACGUACGAAAAAAGUACAAUGCCAGAACUGCAAGUAGUGAUGGAAUUUUCUUUAUAACAAGCCUGAACCAAGUCAUAGAGAUUUUCUUGCUGUUCUUCUAAAUUUGUAGACUGUGCUCAUUUGAGCCUGGACCACUUAAGAAGCCACAUUAAUCAAAUAU